CCCCCAAAAAUCCCGGGAUGGACGAGGAGGAGCUCCAGGACGACCUGCGCCGAUACUCAGCCCCCUCGGUGCUCCCCGCCCGCCUGCGCUCCUUCCCGGCCGUGUACCUGAGCCUGGCUCUGAGCUCGCUGCUGCUGCUCGUCCUCAGCGCCCUGGCCCUGGCCAGAGUUUCCUCCAUUUCCUCCAAACUCCUCCAGGAGCCCCCGGAGCGGAAUUUUUCCGACUGGGAUUCCUUCUUGUUCCCGUGUGGGGCGCACUCCCCGGACUGGCAAUAUUUCUCCGGGCACUGUUAUUAUUUCUCGCUGACGCGGCUGAGCUGGGAGCGAGCGCGGGAGCAGUGCCGGGAGCGCCGCGCCCACCUGGCCGUGGUGGGCAGCUAUGCUGAGCAGCAGUUCCUGAUGUCGCGCACGCGCAACGAGCGCUUCUGGAUCGGCCUCACGGACCAGAACUCCGAGGGCACCUGGGAAUGGAUCGAUGGCAGCGACUACGCAUCGACCUUCACGUUUUGGAAGGAGGGGGAGCCCAACGACAGCGGCAGGAACGAGGAUUGCGCUCACCUCUGGCUGGGCGGGAAGUGGAACGACGUUCACUGCACCUUCGAGUGCUUCUUCAUCUGCCAGCGCCCCCUGCGCCCAAAAUCCUCAAAUUCCCACUGAGAUUCCACAUUCCUGAAAAAUUCCUCAAUUUCCUGAGCCAAAAUCCCAAAA